AUGAAACCUGUUUCAAGAUUGAUAGUGAUCCUAUUUUAAAUAAAUGGAUUGGGGUUUUCAAUUUAUUACUGUUUAACAUCUUGGGAAAAUACGAAUUUAGCAUAUCUGACGAUCUAAGCUCUAUUGGCUCUAUUAUUGUUUUUUUUUUAGACCAAAAAUAAACCAACACAAUUCAUUGGAAGCAUAAUAUUGAUACAAUUAAGCUUAUGUUUGUUUCUGAUUCAAAAUGAAAGAAAUUCAUAGAAUGAAAGUACAGCAUAUGUUAUCAUUGUUCAUUUUAUCACAACACAACUAUUUGAUGAUUUUAAAAGAUUUCAAACAUAGUAUUUUUUUGUUAGAUGUAGAUUAUUUUGGCUCGUUUUAUUGCUUUAAUCAAGUUUUUUGUAGAUUGUUUACAUAUCUUAAACUUCUUAAAUUGAUAUAUCCUUUUAUUAGUGCACAUUUAGUUUGUUCUUGUCAUUGUUGAUUAAUUUCACAAACGGAAUGUAAAAGGUGGUCACACCAAGAAACAAAUUAAGUGAUUCAUAACGAAAUUAGAAUACAGACUAAUUAAUAAACAGGAAAGAACGGGCAUCUUCACAGUCAGAUUCAGAUAAGCUGUCUCCAAAAAGUAAAGAAUACCCAAUCUCUCAUUUUCUUAUGCCUGAUUACUCCUUUCCAAAUCAAAUUUUAAACCAAAACAUACUAGAUGUAAUGAUGUAAUUUACUCAUGAAGGCUUAGUGGUUUUAAGAUUAAACUAAUUGAAUUAAGAAAUGGAGAUAGUAUUUUCAAAUAUAGCAUCAAAAACAUUAUUUUCAGUUAAUUCUGCCAAAGAAAUAAUUGAUAUUUUAAAUACUUUAAACAGCCUUAAAUAUUAAUAACAUGAUUCAUAUGAUGAAAAUUUCUUAAUGAUGAAUCAACAAAAAUAAUUGUGUAAGAGUAUGGCAUUUUUGAAGAGCGAUCAGAUAAAUUAAUCCAUUAAUCCGCACUAUUAAAUUUUAUAUGAAUUGAGUUAAGAAAAAAACAUUGUAAAUUAAUUCAAAGAAAUAUUUAGUAAGUUUAAAUAAAAUAGCUUUUAGAAUGAAUUUUUUACAUUACAUACAAUAUUUCCUAAUAAUGGAGUGACUAUGUCUUAGAGUGAUAGGAAGACAGAGAAAAUGUUGGAAUUGACGAUUUCAAAAAAGGAGAACAACUUAUUCUUCCUAUUGAUUCGAGAUAUAACACACAAAUAAAAAAUCAAAUAUUUGAGAGAAUAUGAUCUAUAAAAAUCGAAGAUGUUAUCCUAUGUGAGUCACGAAUACAGGUCUCCCCUGAAUUGCAUUAUUUAGAUGAUAGAGAACGUGUUGCACUCUAAUUAGUUGACUAUGGAUAAUUCUGAAAUGCUUCAAGCUGCCUUGGACAAUUCAUAUUAUAUAUUAAAUUUAUCAAAUGAUCUACUGGAUUUGGCUCAAAUCAAAAACGGUAGAUUUGCAUUGCAAUAAACAAGAUUCAAUUUGGAAUAAUUAAUAAAAGAAUGCUUAAAAUUGUUUGCAUUGAAAGCAAAGAUAUUGAAAUUAAACUUAUCUUACAUCUAUGAUAGCAAAGCUCCUUUUAUAGUUGUGAGUGACAGAAAUAGAAUUAAAUAAAUUUUGGUGAAUUUAUUGAGCAAUAGCUUUAAAUUUGCAUCCAAUUAAAUUACAAUUCUAGUAUCUUAUAUAGAUAACACAACAAUUAGAAUUGGAGUUCAAGAUGAUGGCAUUGGCAUAUCUGAUGACGAUUAGAAGAAACUGUUUAAACAAUUCUCAAAAGUCAAUUCUGAAGAGAGUAGAAAGAGAAAUGAAAAUGGAGUUGGAUUAGGAUUGGUCAUCAGUAAUCAGAUUGCUAGUUCUAUUGGUUGUGGAGGCUUAUAGAUUGAUUCAAAGUUAAAUUAAGGUACCUAUUUCUUCUUUAACUUGUAAAUCUAAUAAACUAGACUGAAGAAGGUGUCAAGCUAUAGGGUAAAGGAAAAUCCAGGAUAGUCUCAAGAAGUUGAUGAGGGCUAGGCAUUUCUGUUGGAACCUAAAAAGUCGAUUGAUUUGGAACCACCCUCUAUUAGAUGUUCUCAUGUUUUGAUUGUUGAUGACGAGAUCUUUAAUGUUUUUACCUUCACUAAAUUACUGAAUAAAAAGUAAGUAUUGACAUUGAUUAAUUAGAAACAUUUUAGAUAUAGAUUCAGCUUCGAAUGGCAGUGAAUGCAUUGAAAAAUUAAAAAACAAAAAAUGUUGCUAGACUUGUAGUGGCUAUAGAAUGAUCUUUAUGGACUUAGAAAUGCCUAUAUUGAAUGGUUUUAAUGCAGCAAAGGAAGUGCUAAAGAUUAAUCCCAAUUAAAUUAUUAUUGCUUGUUCUGGAUACACAGAUCAUAAGGAGAAAGAACAGUGUUCUAAAAUUGGUAUUCUGAAUUACCUGGUGAAACCAAUCAGAGACCAAGAACUAACAGAUAUUUUAACAGCAUAUUAUUUUUGA